UGGAGAGAUGUGUUUAGCAGCGAGCAGGUUUAGCAGUGAAGUGGAGAAGAGCAGUGCUUGAUCCGGAUCUCCACACAAACUCUCUGACAGCGCUCUGGAUCACACCGGAACGCUCUUUCAGUCAUCUGCUGAGGAGGACAGAACCAGAACCGAGGUCAGGCCAGUGAUGGAGCAGAGAUCGGACAGUCUGGUGUCGGCGGACUCUGAACUGGCGCAGUGUGAGACGGAGGUUAACACUUUACUGAAGAUCAUUUCUGACCUCAACAGGAAGAUGGACUCCCUACAAAUACCACGAGAAAGUCCAGUCGGGGUCAGUGGGUGCUCGAUGGUGGGCGCUGCAUCAGUGAUGUCCAAGACCAAGAACGUCUGCAGGGACUCAGAAGGGGGCAGCAGUGAGCUGUGGAACGAGCUGCAGAAGGUUCUCUCUGCUCUUGAGACGUCUAGUGGUCAGGGGAGGAAAAUGCUCUUCAGGCUGCAAACUCAAAAUGCUGAGACAAUCCAGGCAAAGCAUCUCUCUACAGCCCGGGAGAGCUGGGUUCGGGCCACACAGGUGCUGGAGGAGAUGGAGAGGGAGUUGGGGAUCUCGUACCCCUCUGCUCUGCCCCCUGAUGAGAGACGUCAGUAUCAGCGGGAAGUUCUCUCACUCUACAAACACAAUCAAGACCUCAACAACUUCUUGAAGAGCCGUCAGGAAGAGCUUAUGGGUGCUGAAAGAACUCUGAUGGAUCUUGAGGACGAGAAAAAGUGGCUACAGGAAAAGAUGGUGGACCUGAAGAGGAAAUGGCUGUAUGGAGUGAGUCGUUCUCCUUCUGUCAGUCCUUCAUUGUCCUCCAGUCGAACUUCAAGCCCUUGCUUUUCCUCUCCUCCAUAUCCUGGAUCCCCGCUGCUGUCCCGCAAACUACCCAGCUCCAGGCCGGACUCCCCUUCGUCUCCCUGCACCGUUGAUUCAGUGCUGCAGACUGAGAUCGAAAAGCUGCAGAGGUGUCUGGAGCGUCUGAAAGCUAGGAAUGAGCGUCUAAAUGCCGCACUGCUCAGAAGGAAAGGAGAAUCGGAGCAGCUGAGCAUGAGUCUUAGCCGACAGGAGGCAGACAGCUCGGCUCUACACAUGGCUCUGACAUACUGUGAGGAGUGUGAGGAGGCUUACGGUGACCUGCUGUCCCUGUCUGAAGCCAGAAAACAACAGAACGCAGAAACAUUUAGCACACCCCAGCCUGAGAACUUGGACAAAGGCGAGUCAUCCUCCAGUCCACCAGAGGGCACUGCUGAGACCAAACCAAACAGCUUGUCGGAAAAGGAGUUUGAGGACAAGUCUGGUGUACUUCUGCAAAGGAUCUCCAGGCUAAAGCAGGACAGGGCCGCUGUGUGUAUCCCGCAGCGGGGCAAAGCAGGAGAGGGCAAGAUCAGUCCAGACACUGGCACGCUCGCAGGGGUCAGAGGUCGUGCCAGUUCACUUUCCAAAAACACCAAAGAAGAGAAAGCGGCUCUGAUGUAUGAGCUUGUUACAGUCAGGGAGGACAUGUCAGAGAUGCGUGGGAAUCUGCGGCUCCUGGAGAAAGAGAGGCGGUGUUUGGACCUGGCGCUGAUGGUCCAGAGUGCCCAGGAUUCUGCUGGUGCUCUGAUCCUGGACAGUCUGCGGGAUGAGCUGGGGGAGAGGAGAGCCACUCAACAGAGAAUUGCUGAAAAUUUGGCAAAACUAGAAGGUGGUGGGGGAAUUCCUGGUCCUCGGAAUCACUCUAUCCUAAGAGAACUACAAGCAGCACUGCAAAGGGAACAGUCACUGAAGAUGAGAGUGGCAGCUUUACGUGAGUCUCUGGACUCGGCGCUCACAGACAGCACUACACAGAGAAGGAUCAACAGAGAGGAGACUGCGCGUCUCUCCCGCUACUACAUUAAAGUUUCAAGCACCUACAGAAGUUCCCGAAAGAAGCACCAGGAGCAGCUGUGGCAACUGGAGAAGCAAAUCGCAGUCAUGAGUGAACGUCAUGCUAAAGAAGAGGCCGAGCUAAGUAAUACACUAGAAGCUAUGGAGUGGAAGAGAGAGGAGACAAUACUCUAGACAGUGCGGUCCUUCUUAGUAUCAUUUUAUUGACAAACUUUUCUGAAGGCUAAUGAUGAACAUUGAUUUUGAGUGAGAGGCUGGGUUUAGAAACACUGAGCAUAUAGAUCAUUGACCUACAAAAAUAAAAUUGCAACUAAAAUUGAAGCACCAGGAUGCACAUUUUGGCAAUAAGGUAACUGGUUUGCUCCUGUUGGUGUAGAUGCAGCAUCACACAAAAGUUUUGUUACCUACCUGACUGUAAAAUAUGGAAUACUCUUCAAAGGCAUAUUUUUCAGCCAUGUGAAAAAGUUUAAAUGAACCUUUAUUAGCUGUUUUGACAGUUUGCGGCAAUGUACAUCAUGUAAGUAGACAAGUAGCCGAGUGCAAAGACUGCAAGUAUAGCUAUUGGGAAAGGUCAGCUAUUCUAGGCCUUGAUAUUGCUAGUAUAUCUCUAUAUCAUCAUGUCAGUGUACAUCAUUUUACAAAUAAUUGCUUGUAACUAUUAUUCUUUUCUAUCUGUGUAUAUAUGUGAAAAAUUGCAUGCAAAUUUUGUUAAUCAUUUUAAACUUAUGUUUUUUUACAUAAUGAAUAAAACAGUUACAGUUUUGAUGUAGAUUAAAAA